GAGGAGGAGGAGGAGGAGGGUCCUGCUGUCAGAGCCAGAGGAAGGUUCCAGGAGGGAUAACCGCGUUUACUGGCUCUGUUCAUGCGGGGAGCAGCGGUGUGAAGCGCGGAGACGAGCCCGGAGCUGAGGGGACCCUGCGGGCUUGGUGGCCGCGGAGCAGCGCUGCUGAUGCAGCUCCAGCAUGGAUGCAGCUCCACCUGAGGAGGAGCGGCUCGGUUCUGCAGGACGGAGCGGCUGCGCCCUGAAAGUUCCUUCAUCAGACUCGGUCUUCCUCCCUGCGGCUCUUCCCCGUUAGCUGGACCCCCGGGGCGCUCCCCCCCGCCCGUCUCCAGCCCGUCGCCAGCAUGCCCAUCAUCAGCAACGCCAACCAUGACUUCAGCGCGUACUCGUUCAGCAGCGACGACAGCAGCCUCGACCGCUUCUUCACGGAGAUCCCUGAGACGGAGACCCUGAAGGGCGUUUACUUCCAGCGGGCCCAGCUGCUGCGGGACCCCAAGGCCUCCUUCGUGGUGGACCACACCCUGCAGGUCCUCAUCAACGUCGGGGGGAACCGCUACACCUUCCCUUGGAGCACGCUGGAGCAGUUUCCCCAGAGCCGCCUGGGCCGCCUACGCUUCUGCACCAGCCCGGAGGAGAUCGCUCGGCUCUGCGACGACUACGACGAGACGUGCCGGGAGUACUUCUUCGACCGCAACCCCACCGCCUUCAGGAUCAUCCUCAACUUCCUGGCAGCGGGAAAGCUGCGUCUUCUGCGGGAGCUGUGCGCCGUCUCUCUGCACGACGAGCUGGACUACUGGGGCGUGGACCCGGGCCACAUGGAGCGCUGCUGCCGGCGCCGGAUGAUCACCCGCGUGGACGAGGUGGCGGAGCGCCAGCGGAAGGAGGAGGAGUGGAGGCAGAAGAGGAUGAAGCUGAAGAAGAGGCCGCCGCCGACAGAGAAAGGCUACCGCAGGCUGGUGUCGAUGCUGCGGGAGGUGAUGGAGAACCCUCACUCUGGGCUGGCCGGGAAGACGUUCGCCUGCCUCUCCAUCGUCAUGGUUCUGGUGACGGUCAUCAGCCUCUGCAUCAGCACCAUGCCGGACCUCAGAGACGAGGAGAACCGGGGCGAAUGCUCCCAGAAGUGUCGCAACAUGUUCGUGGUGGAGUCCGUCUGCGUGGCCUGGUUCACGCUGGAGUUCCUGCUGCGGUUCGUCAACGCUCCCAGCAAGCUGGCCUUCGCCCGCGGCCCGCUCAACAUCAUCGACGCCAUCGCCAUCCUGCCGUACUACGUGUCGCUGGUGUUUGAGGUGAAGGAGGAGUCGCAGGAGGACGCGGUGAUGGGCGCCGGCCGAGGCUACCUGGACAAGCUGGGUCUGAUCCUGCGGCUGCUGCGGGCGCUGCGGAUCCUCUACGUCAUGCGGCUGGCGCGCCACUCCCUGGGCCUGCAGACGCUGGGCGUGACCAUGCAGCGCAGCAUGAGGGAGUUCGGCCUGCUGCUGCUCUUCGUCUGCGUGGCCGUCACCCUCUUCUCGCCUCUGGUCCACCUGGCCGAGAGCGAGCUGGCGCCGUUCGCCGCCACGCACCCCCAGCACAGCUUCAGCAGCAUCCCGGCCUCCUACUGGUGGGCCAUCAUCUCCAUGACGACGGUGGGCUACGGCGACAUGGUGCCGCGCAGCGUCCCCGGUCAGAUGGUGGCGCUGGUCAGCAUCCUGAGCGGCAUCCUCAUCAUGGCCUUCCCGGCCACCUCCAUCUUCCACACCUUCUCGCGCUGCUACCAGGAUCUGAAGCAGGAAUACGAGCGGGUGUGGAAGCAGGAGCGACACGACGAGAUGAGCGAUCUCUCUCAGGAGGAGUUCUCCUCUGCGUCCAAAAAGGCAAACGACAGACUGACGUCCACCGAGACGCACCGGUCCACACUCCCCCCCGCCGCGUUCUGAUGCUGCCCAGAGACGGAGGAGGCGGUCACCAGGGCCGGGUCUUAGCAGACCGUUCACCCUUUAAACCUUCAGUCUGACUCCCAGACACGGCUGGAUGAGCAGGGACGUCCAGCUCCAGUCCUUAAGGGCCAAUGUCCUGCAGGUUUGUGAUUUAAAUCGAUGAGGUGUCUCUUCAGCAGCUCAGUUCUGCAGACGCUCAGUUAACGAAUCCUCGUUAGAUUGAAACGUGUAAAACCUGCAGGAUCCCGACCCUUGAAGACUGACUGGACACGCCACUGACUUCCAGUUCUGGAGUCUUCCUCUCAUUUCUUCCUCAUUAGAUUUAGUCUUGUUCAGUCCUGAAGCGCUAACCCUUUAAUAGGUGAAGAUCCACAUUUAAAAGAUGGAACAGUUAGAACCGCUGCCUCAUCAAGAAGGUCCAUUGGUUUAAAUCUGUUGGUCUGAGGGCUGUUGGGAGCACGUUCUCCUCCAGGUCCGCUGGUUUCCUCCCACCAUCCAACAACAUGUGUGUCAGCAUCCUACAAACCUAAUAUUUAAAUUUUCCACCAAGCGUAGAACCCGUUCUGUGUGUUUCCACCAGAAUAAGCUCCAGCUCUGGGCCAACCCAGCACCAGCUUGCUGCUGAACCGGAGGAAGGAUUUCAUCAGCAGCUCAUAAUAACCAACAACCUAAGAAAUUUAAAUGAACUCCACUUAAGGAGAAAAGCAGAACAAUCCAUCCAGGAUAUGUUGCAAGCUUAAGAUUCCGGUUCAUGUCAAACCAGACUCGUCUUAAUCUAAGCAUUUCUUAACUUACAUCGAUCCAAACAACAGACCGGCUGGAGGGUUGGGUCACUGACUCAUCUGACCGUUAGGGCCCUAUUAGGGGUCCAGACAGCCAUAGUUUGAUCAAUGUGACUACCAUUUAUAAGCCUCAUACUUCUAACCCACGGUCAGAACUGAAGCCCUUUGGAUCCAAAAACAAGAUUUCCUAUCAAGAUAUUUAAAGUCCUUGUGACUCCAGUGGUUGUUCUUCAUGUUGUAGACCCUUCUGCGUCUCUGCUCCAGCACAC